AAUAUGCAUUUUAAUUAAUAAAUUCGAGUCUCAUCUCUCUCAAAUUAAGUCGACAUUGAGAUUUGUAUCUCAUCAUUCGAGAGCAAUGUUGAGAUUUAUUUUCAUUUUAAUAUUGAAAUUAUUAUAAUUAAUUGGACCUGUAUUAUUUAUUAUUUAGAUUUGUGAUUGUAAUUAAAUCUAUUCAAAUAAAUAAACAAAAUAAAAAGGCUAUAUUUCUUGGGUUUCCUUUCCAUUUCGUAUCAUUCUUUUGGGUUCGUAGUUUGUUCUUUCUUUCUCUCUUGAACGUCGAGUAUUGGUUUAGGGUUUCAGGUUUCUACUUUCUAUCGAGAUAUAGACAUGGCGGGUGCUGGAAUCCACCCUUAUCACCAGCAGUGGCCGCCGGCACCAGCUCCUCCGCCCCCUCCAGCCACAGCAACAGCGGUUCCUCCACCGCCUCCUCCUGUCCACCAUCCUCCACCCGUUUCUUCUCAUGAUGAGGUUCGGACUAUCUUCAUUACUGGUCUUCCUGAAGACGUCAAAGAGAGAGAGCUACAGAAUUUACUGAGAUGGCUUCCAGGGUAUGAAGCUUCGCAGGUGAACUACAAGGGAGAAAAACCUAUGGGUUUUGCUCUCUUCUCAAGUGCACAACUCGCAAUUGCUGCCAAAGAUGCCCUUCAGGAAAUGGUUUUUGAUGCUGAGUCAAAAUCGGUAUUGCACAUAGAGAUGGCGAAGAAGAAUCUAUUUGUUAAAAGAGGAAUUGUAGCAGAUUCUAAUUCGUAUGAUCAAAGCAAACGUUUGCGAACUGGUGGCGAUUAUUCACACAGUGCUUAUACUACUCCACCUCCGUUUCACCCUCCUCCUGCCCCUGUUUGGGGCCCACACGGGUAUUUAUCUCCAACUCCUCCAUAUGAUCCUUAUGGAGGUUACCCUGUUCCUCCAGUGCCAAUGCCUACCCCUACUCCUGUACCAGCUCCUAGCAGUUAUGUGCCUGUUCAGAACACCAAAGAUAACCCUCCUUGCAAUACCUUAUUUAUUGGCAAUCUUGGAGAGAAUAUUAAUGAGGAAGAACUACGGGGCUUAUUUAGCGCUCAACCUGGUUUUAAGCAAAUGAAGAUCUUGAGACAGGAAAGGCAUACUGUUUGCUUUAUAGAGUUUGAAGAUGUGAAUUCUGCAAGUAAUGUGCACCACAGUUUGCAGGGUGCUGUGAUCCCUAGUUCUGGUUCUAUUGGCAUGCGAAUACAAUAUUCCAAGAAUCCUUUCGGUAAAAGGAAAGACUCCAAUCAUCCCAUUGCUUCUCCUGGUGCCAAUGGGGCUCCACUAGCUAUGACUUACCAGUAGAUGAGGGGAUGUUAUCUUUAUAUGCUCCAACAAAUACAACUGCUACAUGCUAGGAUGCAUCAUGCAGCUAUUGCAUGCACCCAUUUCAUUGUCACCAUCGGCAUUAUCAUCCCUUCUCAUGUCUUUGAAUGCACAUAGCGGUAUCAUGAACACACCAUUUGCUCAUGUUUAUUUGAAUUUACCUAAGACAUGCAUGUGUCUGCAGCAUUUGUUAUGCCUGGUUAACUUUAUAGGCUUUUCAGAUAACUUUAAUAUUAUUUAGAAGUAGUGCAUUAUCUACAGGUUUGGUUAAUUUGUGUGCUAUUCCACCUCAUAUUGAACAUUGACCAUUCCAUGAUACUGGACUACUACCGAUGCUCUAUAUCACGCAGCAUACAUCUGGGGUUGAUCCAUUUACAUCACAUUACUAACAUGACAUUCAGUGCAUGGCACUAUCUUGAAGUAAACAGCGCAGAAAACCAUCCCAUUUUUUCAUUCUAUACAUGGAAUUGUUAGCACCAUUGCCAUGGCCAAUAGGCACUAUUUGUUUCGGUAAACUGAAAAAUGAUGAUUGCCAUGCUUUUUAACAUAUUAGGGGUCUUCAAAACAUAAGAUUUAUAGGAACUAUUCGGAAGUAUAUAUGCCUCUACGGUCAAAAUACACUACAUCAAUAACAUUUCAUUUGAAGAAAAUCCAGAUUUUCAUAUCAUGGCACUAUUAUUAUCUGAGAAAAUGUAGGGAAGCAUAACCAUUGCCAUAGCCAUUGACACCAUUUGUUCCAUUGAAGUGAAAGGAUGAUAAUCAUCUUUUGAACUUUUAGGGCUUGAUAGAUAUAAGCGUCUAUGAUAUAUAUAUACAUAUAUAUGCAGGAUAAGCUACUCUGCUUGAGGUAAACAGUGCUUCAGCUGAUGUUUUGUUUCAGGUAACCUUUUAGAUUUUUUUUUUUUUUCAUUUGGGUACAAAUUUUAUAAAUGGAGGAAGAGAUGACAAUUACAGGGUCUGAACCAUGCAACUUCUAGUAUUAGUCAAAGAGUCAAAAUCGAACACAUCCAUAUGUGGAUGAUUAGCUGACAGCACUUGGAAGUAAAUAAUUGCAAUAAUAUUAUUUUUUAAUGUUUUGGUCAAAAGGAACAUAACUGUGUUCUUUUUGGCAGUCAAUUCCUAGAGGAGGCCCCUGGUCUUUUUAUUUACUUGGGGUUUUUUUUAUGCAGAACAUUAGUGUAGCUUAGUGUAGCGUAGUGCAGUGUGAAAGGAAAUGAAAAAUGGUAAAAAGAGAGAGAAGUUAAUAAAAAUUUUCUAACAUUGGUUGACUGGUUAUUCUUUUAUCCUUUGGUUACGAUAGAAGUACAAUAAUUUACGACUGUUUUAGUUUUGUAGAGUUGUUCAGUAUUAUAGUGGAGUAUGCGAAGCUCACAUAA